AUGCACUUGACCAAACAGCAGACACCAUCGCCAGGCAGUGAAGGACAGAAGCGCAAGUCCUUCCUGCGGCGGAUGUCAUUCUCGAAAUCGUCAAAUGGGAGCAUGAGCUCGUUCAUCGAUUCUCCGCCUUUGCCAACCCCGCCCGGCCAGCUGAGGGGGCCGUCGAAGAAUCGGUCCUUCACGGCGCCGAUAGCGUUCCGGGAGCCGCACCCGGUCGGAGGAGUACCGUAUGAACAGCAACAGCCUGCCCGUCCAGCACGUCGAGUGUCGGGUGAUGCGGGCGCGGCGAAAUCGCUAUCGCGGUUGGAGAUUAGGGAUGUUGCCCCAAACACACCGGCGAAGCUUAGGCCUCCAAUAUAUCCUGCGAUGGCCGCGCAGAGAUCGCAUGAGAUGGUGCCUCCUAGGAGAAUACCCAGCGGCAGUGUCCAAAACGGCUCGCCAAGCAUCCCCAUCUCCCCUCAACAUCAGCGCCCUCCAGUAUACCCCGCAUUGGCCUCACCGCCCAACUCUCCCCCUCAACCUGGCACUUCCAGUUCCCCAUACGGAGCGGCUGCUCCUCGACAGUCCACACUCCCUACACCUCUUCAGUUUGGCCCUCCUAAGCUGGAAAUCAUCGCGUCCUCGCAACCCCCCGCUCGUCCACAGCGUUCCAGCUCGCAUCGUGCACCGCCUCCAUUAGAGGCCCGACCGUCUCCCUUUACUCGGACCAGCUCCAAUGCGACCGUCAUGCCUGAUCCGUCGGUCUCGGAAGCCAGCGCCUAUGCGCUCGCACAUCGCGGACCCACCACUCGUAAUCCUUCCUCCCCACCCGUUGUCGAGCGGCGGGUCUCUCGGCCUCUCCCGCGCCCUCCAUCCAUCAUAGGAAAGUCCGCAUCCGGAGCGGACAUGCACCUGCUCUCUUCCAGCUCCCCUUCCAAAUCUCCUUCACAUCCAAGCAUCCCCAUCAUCGACUUCCCCCGUUCACCUACCAUCCCCGCCCUCAUCGAUCCACGGCAUCGCUCUCCAGCCUUGUCCCCAACAUCUCCGAGCCAGUCGCAGGUCUUCCGGAAAGCUGCUCGGCGGCCCAGACGGUUGACUCUGGCGUAUAUUGUGGCUCAGCCACGCGUGCAGGCGAGACUGUUGCCGGUACUACCGGUCAACUCGUUCUUGUCGCUAGUCGGGGCGUCUCCAAAUAUACGCAAGGCAUUCACAGGCGAGGCGGUGGGAAGGUGGGUAACAAGAGAAUGGGGAAUCAAGGUGGACUCUGAAAAAGGGAGGAGCUGGCCAAACUUGACAGUCUGGGAGGGGUUCCUCGAGGCCCUUCUUCACAACCCUGCGACAUACCACACCUAUCCCCCAAAGUGGCAUAGCCUGCUCCAGCAUCUCUGCUUAUCCUACACCCUCGUCGUCCUCCACCUCCGCAAUCUCCCUGCGACCUGCUUUCCGGACUUGCCGUACGACGAGGAGCUGGCAGAGGCGCCCCCGCCCGCGGCCGAGCCCACGAUAGCCGGUCUGAGUAGGAUGGCGCGUCAUGAGCGGCUCGUUGAGCUAGUAAUGCCCUCACCGCUCUCGUCCACUCCUCCGGCGGAUAUGGUCCCUGACCCCUCUCUCCACCGACGCGGAUCCAUGGCGUCCCUCUCUUCCGCUGCUUCAUUCUCCUUUCCCCGGAAACGCAGCAACAGCCUGAUGCCUUCCAACGCAUCGAUCAAACCCCCUCCCUCGUACCCCCAGCCAAAGCGGUACGGCUUCAAAUCUGGAGACGGCCAGCGGUCUCGCACCUCAUCGGAAUCGGGACGGCCGGGAUCAGUAUUCUCGUAUCAGAGCUCUCCCUCCAUUCGGCCUUCGGUGCAACAUCGCCAAAAGAACCUGCUCAGGGCGAGCUUUGCGAGUAGCGAUCACGGACGGACACCAUCGCCCAAGCCGGUCCAGCCGACGCGGGUGGAGCCGAUCUUUGAUCAGCCCCCGCCUUAUACCCUAGGAAGGGCGCCGGUGUUGAGGGUGUUUGUGCCAUUGUCGGAAAGGGUGCCGCGAUGGCCAUCUGCGGAAGGGGCGAUGUGGACUGUUAAGGAGUUGGACAAGUGCGGAGCGACCAAGCGGUUGCGUUUGGGAGAUCUAGUCGUCAAUACUGCUAUUCGACCAGAAGGAACCGGGCACAUCCUCAUCUUUGUCCCCUUUGUCAAGCACCUACUCGUCCCCCUCGAAUACGCUUUUAACAGGCUCGGCCAACUCCCCUCCUACAUUGACGCCUUCUCCCUUCCUCCAUCCUACUAUCACCCCCUCUUAUCGCCCAUCAUCCUCUCGCUCGACCUCGCCCCAUUCGUCAGUCAAGCAAUGAGUGCUCUUCGACUAGCCUACGACCGGCGAGACGUGACCGUCUCCUCUGGCGCGCGAGUCACGGCCAAGCGAUACAUCCACGUUACCGGGUUCGAGGUGCAACCGACACAGGGAAUUGCGCCAGAGUGGCAAGGAAUCGUAUCGCUCGAAGCGGAGGGGACGGUUGAAGGCAAAGCGGAGAUUGAGAAACGAUUGGGCCAUGGGGAUCCGAGGCGGGCAAUGAAGGGGCCAUGGGAGGUUGUGAGGGAGAAAUCCAUGCGGGGGAACGUAUGGUUGAGGCUGGUCGUGCCUGCACAAGGUCCAUAG